GCCGUUUAUAUCAAGUAAUUUGCAAAAUGGCAGGAAUUGGAGCAGGAUACGAUCUAUCAGUGUCGACAUUUUCACCUGAUGGUCGUGUAUUCCAGGUAGAAUAUGCAACUAAGGCUGUUGAUACGGCACCUACCGCCGCUGCCAUGAUAUGCAAAGAUGGAAUUGUUUUUAUAGCUGACUCUUUAUCAUGUGGAGUUCAGAAGGAACCAUCACAAUAUACAAAUAUACUUCAGGCUAAACCCGCUUGGCGUAUUUUUGCUGUAAAUGAAAGAAUCGGAGUUGUCGUUGCAGGUUUAUUGCCAGAUGCACAGUGUGUCGUUAGGAGAGCUCAAGAUGAGUGCAAAUCCUUUUUUCAAGAAUAUGGUACUCAUGCGCCAGUUCGAGUUAUAGCUGAGCGUGUUGCGCUAUUUGUUCACGCCUAUACACUUUACUGGCACGUUCGCCCAUUUGGCGUGUCUUUGUUACUCGCCGGAAAGGAUAUAACAGGGGAAUAUGAGAUGUUCUGUAUCGAACCCAGUGGAGCUUGUUAUAAAUACGGGGGUAUGGCAAUCGGAAAGGGUAAACACGUUGCCAAAACAGAGUUAGAGAAAUUGGAUCUCAAAGAACUAACGUGCAAAGAAUCACUUGCAGAUCUGUGCUAUAUAAUAUCUCAAUGUCGUGACGAAGGAUCCAUGAAAACAAGUGAUGUUCAAAUUGCCUGGAUCUGUCCAGAAAGUAGUGACACAUUUCAGAUGGUACCAGAAGAUAUCGCCAAUCAAGCAAAAACGGAUGCAUCGAAUAGAAUGGAUGCGAUUCCAGAGGAUUAA